UCCACAAUUAUUAAUACGCAGCAUAUAUAUAAAUACACAGCACCCCACUCUAUCUUCAAAGCUCAAACCCCACCUUUCCUUCAAUUCCCCUCUCUAUUCUCAGCUACCUGGCUGGCUGCAAGUAAAGCUCUCACCUAAAGCCUACUUCUAACUCUCCGGAACUUCCAAUGGGAUACGGCCGUCUCCAACCCUCCGACCCCGGAGGCUCCUCCCGCUCCAUGGGCGACCAAUCCCCGCCGCAACAACCACCGUCUCGUAAAAGCAAGAAAAAGCUCAUCAUACUCUCCAUUUUCUCCAUCACUCUCAUCGCCGCCGCCGCCGUCUCGGCCGUCCUCCUCAUCGCCGUCCGAUCCAAGCCGGCGGCGAAGCAGUCCCUCCUCCACCGCCAGCCGACGCAAGCCAUCUCUGACGCCUGCUCCAAGACUCGCUUCCCUUCUCUCUGCGUCAACUCCCUCCUCGACUUCCCGGGAUCUCUGAACGCGUCGGAGGCCGACCUCGUCCACAUUUCCUUCAACAUGACGCUGCAGCACCUCAGCAAAGCCCUCUACCUCUCCUCGGGGCUAUCGUAUCUCCAGAUGGACCCGCACGCCAAGUCCGCCUACCAGGACUGCCUCGAGCUCCUGGACGACUCUGUGGACGCGCUCACGCGCGCCCUGACUACCGUCGCGCCUGGACUCGGCGGUAGCCCCGGGUCUAGCCAGGACGUGCUGACCUGGCUGAGCUCGGCGCUGACAAAUCAGGACACGUGCGGGGAGGGCCUCGCCGACGUGAGCGGCGCGGUGAAACAGGAGCUGGGCCAGAAGCUGAAGGACUUGUCGGAGCUGGUGAGUAACUGCCUGGCGAUAUUUACAGCGACUAGUAGUAACGACUUCUCGGGAGUGCCGAUUCAGAACAGGAGAUUGCUGAUGGAGAGUGAUAUAAUGGGAGGAGAUAAUGCCGAUGUGUCGCGGGAUUUCCCGAGAUGGUUGGGUAAGAAGGAGAGGAUGUUGCUGGCUUUGCCGGUGGCACAGAUACAGGCCGAUAUAAUCGUCUCCAAGGACGGAAAUGGGACCUACAAGACGAUCGCCGAGGCGAUCAAAAAGGCGCCGGAGUAUAGUAAACGCCGGACAGUUAUUUACGUCAGGGCAGGAAGGUACGAAGAAGAUAAUCUGAAGGUAGGAAGGAAGAAAACGAACUUGAUGUUCAUCGGCGACGGCAAGGGUAUAACCGUAAUCACCGGUGGUAAAAGCGUUUCCGAAAAGCUAACCACAUUCCGCACCGCAUCCUUUGCGGCUACCGGAGCAGGCUUCAUUGCACGGGACAUAACGUUUGAGAACUAUGCCGGCCCGCAGAAGCACCAAGCCGUCGCCCUCCGCGUUGGGGCAGAUCAUGCCGUGGUCUACCGGUGCAACAUUAUCGGAUACCAAGACACGUUUUAUGUGCACUCGAACAGACAGUUCGUUCGGGAAUGUGACAUUUAUGGUACUGUGGACUUCAUAUUUGGCAAUGCAGCCGUGGUGUUUCAAAAUUGUAGUAUCUACGCCCGCAAGCCAAUGCCCUCUCAGAAAAACACCAUCACGGCUCAAAACAGGAAAGACCCGAAUCAAAACACGGGGAUGUCUAUCCACGCUUGCCGGAUCCUUGCCGCGUCAGAUCUUGGCCCCGUAAAGGGUAGCUUUCCGACGUAUUUGGGUCGCCCUUGGAAAAUGUACUCUAGGGUUGUGUACAUGUUAUCAUACAUUGGGGAUCAUGUAGCUCCCCGAGGCUGGCUCGAGUGGAAUGCCAAUUUUGCCCUAGAUACUCUCUACUACGGUGAAUACAUGAACUAUGGGCCAGGCGGGGCUGUAGGUCAACGUGUAAAAUGGCCAGGGUAUCGGGUCAUUACGUCCACCGUUGAGGCCAACAAGUUCACCGUUGCACAGUUUAUAUAUGGCUCAUCAUGGUUACCCUCCACCGGAGUGGCAUUCUUGGGUGGCCUUUCGGUCUAAAGUCUAAAAACUAGUAUACUUAAUCCGUCUCAUAUCCGUAAUUAGGUGAAAGUUAUAUUUCAUUGAUAAAGUGUAAGAAUAUAAUUUUUCUAUUUUGUUCUAUUUUUUUUUUGACAAUAUAUAAGAAUAAGUCGCAUUGUUUUCC